AUGGCCAGGGCAGAUAAGUCGGAAAAGCCAAAGGAGGCAGCUGAGAAGUGCCUCGGGGAGUUGCUAAAGGUCCACUUUCGGAGCUACUGCGAAAAGUCCACCAUUCACUGCGUUCGCUACCUCUACGAUUCACACCUGCAUAAUUUGGAGAGAAUCAUCUGGUGCGUGCUGCUUAUCAUCAGCAUCGCACUGUCCUACUUUUUCUACCUCCUGCUCUCCGAGCGAUUCGUUUCCCAGAAGCUGCAGACGGUGGUCCACGAUCCGCAGUACCCCGUAUUUCUGGUGCCAUUUCCGGCCGUGGGAAUCUGCACGGACAACCGCAUCAACUGGCAGAAGCUGGAGGCGGCCAAGGAGCAGUUCCUGCCGGUGAAUGCCAGCGUGGAAUUGGUCGAAAGUUUUACCGACCUGGUUUCCCGCCUGGAAACCCUGCGCUUUGGCAGCUACCUUUCGAGCUUGGCCCAGCUGGAGGACGAUAAUCUGGAGGCGGUGUCGUUUGUAAACCUAACUGAGCUGGCCCUUUUUCUGACGCUUAGAUGCGAGGAUAUUAUGGUACAGAAAUCAUGCCUGUGGCGCAGUUCCGCCUUCGAUUGCUGCGAGUACUUCGUGUUGGAGAAGACGGAGUUUGGAUUUUGUUUGGUUUUCAAUUCGGAGAUUUCGCCACGCUCCAAGGCAAUUAAACAGAGGGAGGGUCGUAACUUCUAUCCGAGGCACAAUGCGAAAGCAGGACAAAGUACGGGCUUGAAUUUUGACUUACUCUUAAACGAGAGCUUCAGGCGACCCGAUUCGCAGGCGAAUAAUAAUGUCUACGUAAUGAUUAAAAAGACCGACCAACUGAACAAUGUCGUGUACUCGAUGACCCAAAACACGGAGACCUACGUGACCGUCCGUCCGGAUCUCACUUGGACGGACAAUACCACGCGCAGCAUUCCGCCGGAGCGCAGGAACUGCCUCUUUGCGGACGAGCAGGGCGAGCUGGACUCCAGUGACUCGGCCAAGAAGUUCGGGAAACCCUUUCAGCUUACCAACUGCCUCAACAGAUGCCACGAGUCCUACUUGAUCCAGUUCUGCAACUGCUCCUUGCCCAUUUUCUUCCUGAAUAACAAAAGGGUUCCUGAAUGCGAUGCAGUCAGCUUGCGUUGCCUGGCUCGUCACAAUGACAUUUUCAGCUACGACAAGCGAAGGGACGAGGAUGCCCUGUUCAGUGCCACCAAGCUGGGCAUGACCUGUUCCUGUUUGGUGGACUGCUACCUGCUCGACUACUACACAGCCACCACCACGCUGCCUUUGUCAGCCUUCAAACUACCCAAAGAUCCGCAGCUGACGCUCUUCAGGGUGGAUGUGCACUACCAAGUGGAGACCACACCUUUGUACCGCACCAGCCUGGAGUUUACCAUCAUCGAUUUGAUUGCCAAUCUGGGUGGAAUCUUUGGACUCUGCUUGGGGGCUUCUAUGGUGAGUGCCUUCGAACUGAUUUACUACCUCACUGUGGGACUUGCAGUGCAUCUAUAUGACAACCAGUACUAUGGGGUCUUAAUGAAGCACCUGAAGGUUAAGUGGGCCAGUUUCCGGGGCUACCUCAGGAACGAAGUCAGUCAUCUGGCAGAGAUUCCUGCUGUCCACAAGGAUGCCAAUGAAAGCCAAUUCAGGCAUCCGUUUAAGUACAGAAAAAAUGCGUGGUAAUGAUGGUUUCUGCUCGA